AUGGACAUCACUUUAACUGUAAUUAUUGUGAUGAUUUGGCCUAACUAUUGGACAGUUGGCUACUCAUCAAAUUCUGGCUCAGAGAAUCCGCUCAAUGGCCAACAUUUCCGUGUUAUCUGGCCUUUGUGGAGUGGUAAUCCUAAAGGAAUGCUUGGACCACUCAAAGGAGGUGUAGCGCUCGAUUACCUGGCAGCCCGUUUGAACUUUACGUACGAGAUGGUCCGCGUAACGGAAAACAGAUUGGAACCAGCGGGGAAAGAAAAGGGACUUUUCAACUAUUUGUGGGAUCAGAAAGCUGACUUUCUGAUUCAAGAUGUGGUGCAAACAUUCGAUCGCCAUAAAUUCGUUGAUUUGACUGUGCCUUGGAUCUUCGGCUCGUUUGCAUUACUUAUGGCCGUCCAGGACGACACGGCCAAUAUCGACGCUGUCAUCAAACCGUUCCAAUGGCCGAUAUGGUUAGGACUUGCCAUUGCAGUUGUUUGCGUCAUCUUUGUUCUAAAUCUUUUACAACGGUGUUACGCAUAUCAUUCUCCAUCUCAAACGACUCCUACGUCAAUAGAACUUUCAGACACAAAUCCAAACCUGUUGAAUAACCGUCGUGCCCCACUCAUUGGACAGCAAUAUCUCUACGUGCUUGGCAAUUUGUUGUCGCAAGGUGUUCCUGACCCAUCAAAUCGCCUAUCCUUUCGCCUUGUGGCUGGCGUUUGGAGUCUGGCCGCUUUCAUCUUCGUCCAAGCCUACACUUCGACGCUCAUCACCUACGUCGUGACUCCGGUGAAUCCCCCGCUAGUCAGUUCGGCUUACGACUUGGUCGACAAAAAGGAUAUCAACGUACUCGUCAGGAAAUCGGGGGCUAUAGACACCAUGUUUUCGGCAAGCAUUUCAAAUUUCGAUUCAGUCAUCUGUUUCACUCAAUUUCCUGUCAUUGUUGAACUGGCAUCUUCCAUAAAAACAGAAUCCGGACAAUUCAAAGUUACUGGGGAGGACUCUACGCGACAGAAUCAAUUCUUUUCCGCAAUCUCGGUGCACGUCGUCAUCGGAAUGCGUCAAGGAACAGCUUACCUGAUGGACGCCAUCAGAGAAGAUUUUAACAAGACAAGGAAAUGCAAUUUGCUUUUGUUAAAAGACGCCAUUGUUGGAAGUACUGUCGAAAUUUCCCUAAUCGCCUUGCCCAAGAACAGCAAAUACACGAAAACGAUCAGUAAAGCAAUGUUGGAACUCAUUCAAACUGGCAUCAUAGACCACUGGGAUUUGUGGUUCCGACCGAUGCCUCUCCAAUGCCUACCAAACUUCAAAAGCGUUUACAAACCGAAAAACAGCAAAACCCUGAAAAUGAAAAAUAAUCCGCCGGCUCUUUCGCUCAAAAAUUUGACCGGAGCUUUUAUCGUCCUGGUUUUUGGAUUCAGCAUUUCACUUUUGGCUUUUCUUGGAGAGCAAAUCGUCUCGAUGCCUGAACGCCACCGUCAACGAUUACAGCGAGCCCGGAAUAAAGUUGUAAAACAUUCGUGUCAAAUUGAUAAGAAAGAAGAGCCUAGUACUGAAAUGGAUGUUGCUGGAGUAGAGAAAACAGGCGAUAUUGAAGUCAAAUAA